GUGGCUUAAAUGAGGCCCCAAUCAAUGUAAGUUGAUGUUUAACUGUUUGCUGAGCAAGUGCCAAUCUUUUACUCUCAGGAAUUCUGCCAUCCACAGUCACUUAGUCGCUCCUUUUUUGGACUAGGCAGCAAGUUUUUUUCUAAUUUAAAUUUAAGGCACAUUGCCAGAUGAUCUGGGCUCCUUUAAAAGAGUAUAACGCGAGGGUUUGAGACCUGCAAACAAUACAGCUAAUAAACAAUAAACAAAAGGACAUGGAUCUUCGUCUCACACUCCUGUUGAUCUGUCUCUGCAGCCGAGGAGUCACUAAUGGUGAAGUGGCAGAAAACGAUUCAAUCCCUAUGGUGCCUCUCAUUCCAUUGGUGCCCAGCCACCCCAUACAGAAAGCAAAUGUAACUACAGCACAACCAGAAACUGCACAUACCACAGAUGUACCUGUAAUUGCAACAACCAUAACCAGUAUUCUUAAUGGGACAACAUCAGAGGAAGAACAAGAUGGAAAUUGUUCUUCUAUCAGUCGAAGCCCACAGUCGAGGGAGGCCAGCGCUGCAGCCAUUCAGAAACUGGGUGUGCAGCUGCUGCAGAACCUGGAGUCAACGCCAGAGCAGCCAAAUGUCAUCAUAUCUCCUUUGAGCAUAUCAUUAGCUCUGUCCCAACUGGCUUUAGGUGCAGUAAAUGAGACAGAGGAGUUGCUGAUGCAUCAUCUUCAUGAUAACACUCUCCCCUGCUACCACCAGUCUCUGCAUAAUGUCUUGGUGCAGCUCAGAAACAAUGACCUGCAAAUUGCAACACGUAUCUUCCUGCGUGAAGGGUUUAUGCCAAAGCAAGACUUUGUCCAUGAAUCCCAGCGGCUAUAUGACUCAGAGCCAGCAGUCCUGGAGAGCCUGCAGCAGAUAAACGACUGGGUAGAGAAUGCAACCAACGGAAAGAUGACUGACUUCCUGUCUGCUUUACCACCCAAUCUGCUCCUCAUGCUCAUCAAUGCUGUCCAUUUCAAAGGAGAGUGGAAAGCUCGAUUUGACCCACGGUUUACCUCGAGAGGUGUAUUCUACCUUGACGAAAAAAACAUGGUUGAUGUUGAAGUAAUGGAAGAUGCCAAACACCCCUUGAGUUUAUAUAUUGAUAAUGGACUGGAGGCUCAGGUAGCAAGCUUCCCAUUCCAGAAGUCAAUGAGCUUGUUGGUGGUCAUGCCUAUGUCCGGUCAGGUGAAUGUGUCUUCACUCUCUGCAAAGCUGAAUAUCUCAGAACUGUAUAGGCGUCUGCCUAAAGAGAGGGCUGUUCAAGUAAAAGUCCCGAAAUUCAAACUGGAGUAUGCUCAAGACCUACAGGAUGUUUUUACCAAAUUGGGCCUCGGAGAAAUGUUUUCCAGACCCAACUUGGCUGACAUGGCAGAUGGCCCCCUGCUGGUCUCAAGUGUGAUGCAUAAGUCAAUCAUGGAGAUAAAUGAAGAGGGUGCAGAGGCUGCUGCAGCCACCACUGUGGUUAUCUCACGGUCAUCCAACCCCAUUUUCCACCUCACCCAACCUUUCUUCUUUGCUCUUAUGGAUGACAAGACUCAAGUGCCGAUUUUCAUGGGAGUCAUUAACAACCCAAAUCCUGGAGCUCCUAUCUUGCAGAGAGGAGAAUUUGGAAGCAAAGAUAAAGUGGGAUUCCCAAUUGAUAAGAGUUAUGCUGGAUAUGGAGGCCCACCUAAGUAGGGACUAAUACCUGCACUGCCGUCCCAGGGAAAACCCAGACCAAGAUCUCUAUAAUUGUACUGAUUAAAUGUACAGUAUCACUUAGAUGGAUCAAAAUGUGUGUGAAAACUGAUGCCUCAUAUGUAUCUUUGUUUUAUUGAAGAAUAAACACACAAAGGAGCCCAGUA